GCAUGAUAUGUGAUGAAAUAAAUAUUAUCACAAUACAAUUUUCUCAUAGUAUGUGCUUAUAUUAUCUUUAAAUGUCUGUCUAACCGCCUAACCUUAAAACAAUCCGACAUUAUGCCGAUUUUCGAGAACGCAUAAUAUAUCUUGGAUAUUUCCGGCUCGUUUUCGCCUCUCAUAUCUUAUCGUAUUUCAUUCCGAUACGCGAUAACUUCAUCUAGCCGUUGAAGUUAAAUCUCAGUAUGAGUUAUUUCGUGUGACAAGUAGCUAUGAGUGCAACAAUCGUUUUUUACGAAAAACCAUUUUCCUGCUUGAAUCCUCGCUCACCCGCGCGAUAUUAUCCGCUGCUAGACUUAAAUGGCUGGUUCAGGUUUGCCGAUGCAUGUGCGGAGUGAGGAGAGUGUGGAAUAUUUCAAUUUUUUUGCUAAAUUUGUCUUCAUAAGGCAUUCUUAAAGUAAGAACAAUGCCCAGCAUUUUUACUAAUGAAGCGAAAUACAAAAUAUCAACAAAUGAAGAACAAAAGUCUGUCAUGACUUCUUUGGGGAAAUUAGUAUUUGGGGAUAUUCAUCAAAGAUACAUCAAAGAUUCAUCAAGAAGAUCAUUGACGCAGGAUGAUUUGUCUGCAGAAUAUACAGAUUCCUUGUCUCUUGCAUAUGAAAAUCUUUUAUAUAUGCCUAUGGAUAUAAUAGAGACAUAUGGUGUUACCAUUGAUACUUUGGACAUUAGUUAUAACAAGUUUAGUAGGAAUCUGCAGUUUUUGUUGGAAUUUGACCAUCUGACUUCUCUCAACUUAGACCACAACAUCAUAGAUGAACAUACAGUGUUUCCAUACAUGCCGCAACUCGAGCUUCUUUGGUUAAAUCACAAUGGUAUAAACACUUUGUAUCCCUUUAUUAAGAAUCUCUGCAAGAGUCUACCAAACCUCAGAUACUUGUGCCUUAUGGGAAAUAAUGCAGCACCUAGUUACCUUAACGAUGGAACUUCUUAUGAUCAUCUCCAGUACAGGUUGUUUGUGAUAUCAUGGUUUCCAAUGUUAGUACAUUUGGAUGAUAGUAAAGUGACUGCGGAUCAACGGAGAGAAGCUAGAAAAUUAUUCAAACGACCGCUGUUUGAAGAUCUUCUUCAACAUACAAUAGUGCCAGAAUGUGUGAAACAUUUGCACAACAGGAUAACGAAUACAUUAUGGGGUUUCGAUAAACGAAGAAAGAACUUGAUUGUUUAAUCAUUAUCAAGGCACAGAGGCGUACUGUAGGGAUGUAGGAGAUUUAAAAAUAAAAAGAUAGCGUAUCUUUUUCAAAAUA